CUUAAGCUCCCCAUAGAACAGCCAACUUGGGUAGCUCUCCAGUGUGGAGACAUGAGAGAUUGCGCCUAGAUCAUGCGUAUGGCCAUGUAGGCAUUUUUAAAACAUGAAAAAGAUAUUAUAAUUUUUUUUUCCAAAUCAGUUUUUAAUAUUUCUUUGUCUUUGGGAUAUUUCUGAGCCUACAGUCUGUCCUUACGUUGACCAAAAUAUUCACUGCCUCUUAAAAUGCAGAUGCGUUUACUUGACACUCUAAUUUGCUUAAGCGCGCAUGUAUGUCUACUCAGUUGCAUACUGCAAACUACUCACUCUCAACGAGUCCGUGAACAAAGCCUUGCGAGUACUGCCUCUGAUACUGGGCAGACCUUUCAGUGGCAGCACAAUGGCCAAGUUUUUAGCAUACUCAGCCACGGCUCGGAAUAUCAACCACCGAGGCAAAAACAAAAUAAGGAUAAUUCCGAGGGCAAAUCCAUAACUAUCGUCAGCAACGUCAACUCGGCGAACAGUCCUUCGAGCUCAUCCCGACCCCUUAAUCCCGCCAAUGGAGCGGGACGCACUGUCGGACUGCGUCGGAUACAAUCUCAAACACAGAGGCGCAACCGAGGACCCAUCGCGCGCCUAAAUCAGCCGGCUAAUCGAAAUGACACUUCAGGUAACGGCACAUCUGGUGCUGCGCAAAACCAAGUCACUCGGACCCCUCCGCUAUCUAAUCUACGGAGAGAAGACAUGAUGGCCGGAGACGAUCCUUACAAUCCAUACAAGUCUUCUGACCCAGACAACCCAUACUACAAUGACCCUGACGCAUACGAGAGACCGCGACGCAGGCAGCGCCCGGGAUAUGGCACAAGGUACUUUCAACACGGCCUGCCUGACCUUGUGCCAGACCCUACUUAUAUCCAAGCCUCCACGUACGUCCAAAGAGUGCCCAUGUAUAACCUUAGAUGUGCCUCUGAGGAAAACUGCUUGGCAAGUUCAGCCUACGGUGCUCGAGACUAUGACACACGGCAGCUCCUGAGGUUUCCACAGCGUGUGAAGAAUCAAGGAACCUCAGACUUCUUACCGAGCAGACCACGCUACUCAUGGGAGUGGCACAGUUGUCACCAGCACUACCACAGCAUGGAUGAGUUCAGCCAUUACGACCUGCUAGAUGCCAGCACCCAGCAUCGUGUGGCAGAGGGACACAAGGCCAGCUUCUGUCUGGAGGACACGUCCUGUGACUAUGGCUACUACAGACGAUUUGCUUGCACUUCACACACCCAGGGGUUGAGUCCAGGAUGUUAUGACACUUACAAUGCCGACAUUGACUGCCAGUGGAUAGACAUCACUGAUGUGAAACCUGGCAACUUUAUACUCAAGGUCAGUGUGAACCCCCACUACCAGGUCCCGGAGUCAGACUACAGCAACAAUAUUGUUCGCUGUGAUGUCCAGUAUACUGGCAACUAUGCUCAUGUCUCUGGCUGUCAUAUUUCACAAUAUUGAGAAUGGACUACACUAUGAACAACUGAAGGACAAUUAAGACAGUGAUCAAGCCAUUCAUUUAUCACGUUAAUGUCAAUGAUAAAUACUUGUACUUAACAGCCACGGAUGCUGUUUGGAAGAAGCACAGUAUAAAAGCCCCACUGUGUGAAAGGUGAAAUGUCUUAGAAGUUUAUUUUAAUUUUUGAAAAACUGCUCAUACUGCAAUUUUACAUUUGUAUUGCUUACUAUUAAGAUAUGGUAUCAACUGUGCAUAUGAAACUACACACUGAAUCACAGCUUUCUUCUGUCUUUUCUAUUAGCACAUAAUAAUGUAAAGACGCCCUUCACUGGGCUACACCAGUAGACAAAAUGUUUACAAAAAAUAAAUUGCAAGACUUCUUUUCUAAUGUUGUAGUUCUAGUUCUUGUAGUGGAACUGUUGUGCUCUAAUUUCCUGUUUCUGAGUUAACAUUGUACACAUUAGCUUAUUACUGCGCCCCCACUAUGUAUUUCCGAAUUAUACUUGAAUAAAUCAUUUAAAUGUU